GGGACGCUUCCCGUUUUUCAGAGGGGCGAAUCAACAGCCUGAACGUGCAGCCCAUGGAAGGGGUGGUGCCACCUCAUUCCAGUAGGGAUGAAGAAGGGGACACAGGAUAAACAGGUACUGUUGUGGAGGGCUGAACCUAUGAAACCUGGUUUGAUGUCCUCAAACUCCAUCACCUCAACUCUGCAGGCUGCUCCAGGUGAGAGAUUCCCAUUUCACAUCCACUUCACACCAACCCUGGAAGGGGAAGUGAAUUUUAACCUCAUCUGUGAUGUCAAGAAGAAAAGCCAGCCACUCUGUCUGAAUGUCAAAGCCAUAGGCCACGCCAUGAAUGUGUCUGUGAAGUGUGAAGAAAGCCUCGGGGUGGUGACUGAGCUGAACCCAGAACAUCCGAAGCAGAUCCACUUCCGUGAGAUGCAAGUCAACGAUUACGCAGAGUGCAACUUCUCCAUCCUCAACACCGGCAAAUUCAACUUCACCUUUUCCUGGGAAUUCUGCAACGCCAAGAAGUUUCUGCAGUGUUUUGCCCUCUCCCCAGAGAGUGGCACUGUGGAGGCCGGAGAACGGAUGGAGGUCAAGCUCUCCUUCCACCCACUGAAGGCCUUCACCUUAAAGGACAUUGAACUCAAACUGCAGAUAAGCCACGGUCCCACAUUUACAUGUGUGUUGCAAGGCUCAGUGUUGGCUCCCAGCAUCCAUUUCUUGCCCCUCAGAGUGGACUUUGGCAACUGUUUUAUCUACCAAGCUGGGAUGCCCAUUUCCAAGAGAAUCUUGGUGAUCACUAAUAAAGAGAGCAGGAAAGCCAGGUGAGCUGCAGCCUCUUGAGGUGAGAACUGGUGGGAUGGAGCAGUGUGUUGUUGAGUGAGGAGAAUUCAC